CCCCCUUUCCCAGAGCUGUGCUGCUUGGGGCCUCCCCUGACUUCUGAUUCCUGUAGAUUUAAAUGUAUGGUUAAAGUAAAUACAGGGGAACAAAGGGCUCCCCCAGCCUGUGUCCGGGGGUCUGUUUCAGUGGAUAUAGUGGGCAGCAACACCAAUCCAUCUUAUUUUUUUUUCCCCAAGGCACCUAUUCCUUCUAUCUGAGCAUCAUGUAACAAUUAAAGAUAGCUUUGACCAUGUGGCCUCCCAGCCUCCCCUGCUCCACUGAAUGUUACUCAACUGCAAUCCUUAGUCAUCCCACUGAAAGAAGUGUUAACCUCAUAGAUGGAGGAAAAGGUUUGGGGGAAUCAAGUAUUAAAAAGCCCAUGGAACUAUGUGGUGUGUAUUAAAUAUGACACUUCAGUCACUCGCCACUUGUUCUCUCAUCUGUUCAUUGUAUGCUUCCUUAGAUUAUUAAAGUCUUAGGGCCUUUUUUUACAAUAUCCAGCAGACUUUUGGACUCUGUAAAUAAUAAACCCCUGACACCUUGCCAUAGAGUGGACAAGAGGCUGAGUCCUAGGGGAAGACAUGCAUGUAUAGUAAAUUGCUCCUUUUGUAUCCGGUGUGAAGGAGAAAUGUGAUCAUGCUUUGUCACCUGAAGUCAGAUUUGAGGCCAUUGUUCCACAGCAUAUAAUGUCUUCUUCCUUUAGGAAACUUGUGAAGAAUGUGUGGGCGCACGGCCUGCGCUCUGGGAGCAGAUCGCAUCCGCCGGGCCUGUGUGUACCGUGAUAACCAUGGUAGAACAAGGCAACCUGAAUGGAGAGAUGCUGAUAAAUACAGCCCCUCCUACAACAAGAGUCCCCAGUCCAACAGCCCUGUGCUGGUUUCCCGACGACACUUCGAGAAGGAUGCUGACUCUUCUGAGCGUGUCAUUGCGGCUAUGCGCUGGGGACUGGUCCCAGCCUGGUUUAGAGAAGCUGACCCUUCCAAAAUGCAGUAUAAAACGUCCAACUGUCGCAGCGAUACCAUGAUGGAGAAACUCUCCUACAAGGGACCUCUGAUAAAGGGCAGGCGCUGUGUAGUGCUGGCAGAUGGAUUCUAUGAAUGGCAGCAGCACAAUGGAAAGAAGCAGCCCUAUUUCAUUUACUUCCCACAGCCCAAGCAAGAAAUGGCAGAUGGGAAAGAUGAUGAUGAAGAGUGGAAAGGCUGGAGGUUACUCACCAUGGCUGGGAUUUUUGAUUGCUGGGAGCCCCCUGAUGGAGGGGAUGCAUUGUACACCUACACCAUCAUCACAGUAGAUGCUUCCAAAGGCUUAAGUGAUAUCCAUAACAGGAUGCCAGCUAUCCUGGAUGGGGAUGAGGCCAUCAGGAAAUGGUUGGACUUUACAGAGGUAUCAACACAGGAAGCCCUUAGGCUCAUCCACUCCACAGAGAACAUUGCUUUCCACCCGGUUUCCACUAUAGUAAACAACUCCAGAAACAAUACACCAGAAUGCCUCGUUCCCAUUGGGUUGGGACCAAAGACGGAAACCAAAGUCAGCACUAGCAGCAAAAUGAUGUUGGACUGGGUGAAGAACAAGUCUCCCAAGAAAGAGGAAGAUGAUUUGCCCAGAUGGUCCAGCCAGUUCAUCCAAAUCACUGCACCCAAGAGAACCAGUGCAGGCUUAAUGCAUCAGUGGCUGAAGAAGGAAGAAGGGGAUCCUUGUGCAAAGAAGCCCAAAACUCAAUGAACUGACUUUCAGUUCUGAGUUCCUAAGUAGAUGCAGCGUGUUAGCCUGUUAGAUCCUGCAGACUGGUAGUGAGACUCCUGUGACUUUGUUGCAUUGAGCAUUUAAACAUGAUCUCUAGCACUGAUGUGAUUUUGUAGCUUGUUGCCCUUCUUGUGCUGAUGAUUUACUGAUUCAGGAGAGCAGUGUUUGGUUUUUAAAACUUUCUUUCUUGUCUUCCAUUAGCAGGGACAUAGAUUUAAUGUGCAAUGCUCACCUCCCAUCAACUUUUUCACUGCAGCCUAGUGGUUGGCACUGACCUGCCUUGGGAACAUUUAUGAAUCAGAUACAUGUGUGAGAGGCACUUAAACCCAAUCCAUGCUCUUCCCAUUGGAUGAGGAACAGAAAAACUGCAUGGAAUUCUUUCCUGCAGUGGUAUUCAGCUGGUUCUCCUUUGUGUUAAUUCUCCUAUAUAGUGUCUGUUCUAUACAGAUUAUUUUGGACACUUUUGGUGUUUUGAUGCUUGAGAACUUCUGCAGCUGAAAAAUGAACAAAAGAACCUAUGUUAAACUGGUAUUUAAAUCAGAGACAGAGUCCCAUUUUCCAAGGCCAGGAAAUUCUGGGCUAACACUGCCUUGCUUUGUGUCAGCUCAGCAACAUGUAUGGGCCUCUGCAUACGGGUUCCAGAACAGUGGGAUCCUGAUGUCAUAUGUGGAAAGGAGGAUGUUCAGGAUCCUGGAAGCAAGUGCCAUGGGUACAGGUGCCUUUUAAAACUGAGGAAGCAUUCUACUGUGGAAAUGGGGAGGGGGGGGUGUAUGUAUGUGUGUGUGUGUGUGUAAGAAUAAGAGAGAAAUGCCUUGUUAAGUCAGUUUUGCCGGUGAAAGUAAAAAGUGGCCUUACCUUUAAAUCCUUUUCCAUGCUCAUUGUCUGUCCCAUUUCUGACAGGCUGACCUGCCUUUAAGGAGUCUGUGUGCUAUUGUCAAGGGCUGCUUUGAAAACCAUUCCCCAGUGGUAUUAUAAUAUUAUGGAAGACUCUAGAAAUAUCCCCUCAAAUUUCCCACUGUUGCUACCACUGGUGGUAGCAAUGGAAGUUAUAAUGUAGGCAUGAAUCAGUAUUUUAACCUGUGUUGUCUAACCCUGCUCUGAGCAGGGUUAGAUGACACAAUGGUAAAAUGGCAGCAUAUUGUCUACACCAGACCUCACGCUGACAGUAGCAACACUGGUAAAUUUAAAGAGAAAAAAGUCCUGAUGUUCAGAAGUGCUGAGUGCCCACAGCUCCAAAUGAAGUCAAUAGAAGCUGCAGGUACUCAGUAUCACUGAAAAACAAGCUUUAAUGUGUUGGCAUGACCUUAGAGAGCAGGUUCCUGGGAAUUACUGGGUUUAAUCUGUCUCCUGUGGCAGCCAUAACUCCUAGCUUUAUUAUUUUUUGUGGGGAGUUGUGUGGGAAAACUUGUCUUGGCCAUAAUGUUUGUGCAAUCUUUUUAUUAAUAGGAUUUUAAGAUUUAGAGAGUAUUUUCUGAAUUCUUGAUCCAGAGAGGGAACAAUCACUCUUUUGAGUAGGUAGAUCACUGGAUUGUCACUAAAGUAUAUUUUUUUGUCUUUGGUCUGGGACUUGAACAAACAGUGACAGUCAAAUGUUAGAGCAAAGCCCUUAGCAUGUGGGAGCUCUCUGGAGAGCAUCACUUAUUUGUAUUUGAAGUAGUAGUUUGUAGAAAAUAAAAAGCGAUCAGUUGGCUUGUU